AUGGCGGGCGGCAGCCAGGAAACGGCGGCGUCAGCUGACGGCUCCGCCGGGAAACGGCCGGCGCACAACAAGCAUCCCCCCUCCUCCUCCUCCUCCUCCUUCUGCUCCCUCCCCACCGGCACCCACGGCAGCGGCGCUCCACCUCUCGGAGCCCGGCCUCCUCCUGCUCUCGCUUCCCGGGACACCCCCUGGGCGGCCCGUCCUGUGCCUGAGGCGAUGCGGCUYGCUGCGCUGCUUCCCGUGUUAAAGCACUGUCACGCACUUUCAGGAGCUCACAGCAGGCUUUUGGAUACAGCCGCCAAUGUCCUAUUGCAGGUCACACAUCCUGGAAAGAGUAGCCUGCAUUACUACAGGAAUGAUAGUAUGAUGCUGUCCCUGAGUGAAAAUGCAGUGAACAGCACAGAUUUCAUGUGCAACAAGGGGCAGGCCAGGCAGUUUGCUCAAGCCUUCCUGCCAGUGUUUUUCUGGCUCAUCUUYGCUGUGGGCACAGUGGGGAACGCCUUGGUUGUGCUCGUCUAUUGCAAAUACCACUUCAGGAGGAGUCUGGUGGAUCGGUACCUGCUGCACCUGGCCAUUGCUGACCUCCUGCUCCUAUUCACCUUGCCCUUCUGGGCCAAGGCUGCUUCUGAUGGAUGGGUCUUCAAGGACUUCAUGUGCAAAGUCGUCAACAGCUUGUAUAAGAUCAACUUCUAUGGCUGCAGCUUGCUUCUAACCUGCAUCAGCUUUGAGAGGUACAUCACUAUUGUCCAAGCAAUGAAAGCGAAAACUUGUAAGCGAAGGUGGCUCCUGCGCAGCAGGCUCAUGUGCCUGKCUGUCUGGCUGAUAUCCGUGAGCCUGUGCAUCCCAGAAAUCAUUUACAGCCAGAGCACACAGGUGGGGGACGUAGCAGUUUGCAAAAUUACGUACCCGCCAAACGUCAGUGUGAGCUUCAGAGUUACGGUCCUGGCCUUGAAAGUCAUCAUAGGAUUCUUCCUCCCGCUCCUUGUCAUGGUUAUUUGUUAUGCCUUUAUCAUCAACACCCUCCUACAAGCUAGAAGAUCCCAGAAGCAGAAGUCGCUGAGGAUCRUCAUCAUGAUCAUCACUGCUUUCCUCCUGUCUCAGUUCCCAUACAAUAUUGUUUUGCUGGUGAAAGUCAUCAACACYUACACUGAGGUGGUGCACAGUUGUCAGGCUGCCAGCCAGCUGGACAUUGGGCUGCAGGUCACCCAGAGCAUUGCCUUYCUMCACAGCUGCCUCAACCCYUUCCUCUACGUCUUUGCUGGUGAGCGGUUCAGGAUGGCUCUGUGCAGGAUGAUACAAAGCUGUGGCUGCUGCUGGAGCAGGGGCCAGGAGCACUCCUCUGCCUGUGACAGCCAGGAGCACAGCUCAAACUGGUCCUUUGCCAGGCUGGGGAGGCGGMGGGUGAGGAACUCCCUGAUUCUCAACACUCACUUGACCUCCUCUGUCAUGUCCCCUCCUUGCAAAGUCAUCUUGUAAGUUAGUCCUCACCCUUUCCUCUCCAGAGAAGUACRAAACUCUUUGGAAACCACCUGUGUACUCCAAAGAUUAUCCCAGAGAAGCGGGAUGGGUUGGGGGCCUGUCCUUUUUGUGCAGGACCCAACUGUGGGUUGAUGGCUUGGAGGACAGAAAACCUUUGGUGGAGGGCAGCAAAAUGGAACSAUACUUGCUAUAAACAGAACUGAUAGAAGCCCAAAGCCAUCUCUGUAAACAGCUGGUCCGUC